UGGUGCUCAGAAGGCAAUGAAGCUGCUUUGUUGGGGGACCUCAAUAUCAGCAUUGAUAAUUAAGUUCCAGGAGGCAAAAGAAUUUUCUCUGACCAUUUAAAAAACGGAACUCAGAAGUGAUAGCAAUGCAGCAAUCAGAGAAAUAUUUGUUCAAACACAAGGGGAAUUAUUUCCAACCAGAUCUGGUUACAGCAGAAUAUAUUGAUUCCCUGGAGGAUUUUGAAAUCAGAGACAGCGAUGUAUUUCUAGUCACUUAUCCUAAAUCAGGAACAAUAUGGUCUCAAAACAUUUUGAGCUUGAUUCAUCAUGAAGGUCACCGAGAUGGAACUGAAGAUACAGAUUUAUUAGACAGAGUCCCAUUUCUGGAGUUCAAUUUCCGCAAUAUGGAAUACGACAAGCGCCCAUCGCCUCGUCUCUUUUCUAGCCAUCUGCCCUACUAUCUAGUACCAAAGGGGUUACGAAAUGGAAGAGCAAAAAUUAUUUAUGUAGCGAGAAACCCAAAAGACGUUAUGGUCUCCUAUUACCAUUUUUCCAAAUUUGCAGUGACAUUAGAAGAAAUAGAAGACUUUGGUGUGUUCAUGGAGCGGUUUUUAUCUGGCAAAGUUCUCAGUAGUUUAUGGUUGGAUCAUAUUGAAGGCUGGUAUGCUCACAGGGGUGACUUCAAUAUCCUGUUCCUAACCUAUGAAGAAAUGAAGAAGGAUCUGAGAAGUGCUGUACUGAAAAUAUGCAACUUCCUAGGAAAGAGGCUGUCUGAAGAAGAACUGGCCGAUGUUGUAGAGAAGGCUGGAUUUGAUAAAAUGAAAAUGGAUCGCAGAACAAACUACACGACAAUAUCCGCUGAUCUUCUAGAUUUCAGUAAAGGAGCUUUUCUUCGCAAAGGUACUGUUGGAGACUGGAAGACUACAAUGACGGUGGCACAGAGUGAACGCUUUGACAGCGUUUUUAAGGAGAGGAUGGACAAGUUGCCCUUCAAGUUUUGCUGGGAUAUCAAUGAUGAAUUAUGAGGACACGACCAUGUUGAAAGAGAACAUGAAUUCAUGCUUUGUAUAAAUUUAUGCCAUGGAUGAAUAAUGCAUAAUGGGAUCUCUAUAUCAAACACUCAAAAAGAAAUGUCAAUCCCUCCAUAUAUUAAUCUAUAACAAACACUGUUGAUAUGGGUGUCCUUUGUGUUGACAUAAGAAGUCACAUAAAUCCAACGACACACUCAACUUAGAAUGUUUUAAAGAGGAUUGGAAACCAUUCUUGUUGUAUCUAAAGAAUCACUUUCCUACUAUGGACUUGACAGCAGGGUUUGAAAUUUAGUAAAAAUGAAAGGUUGGUUAGAUUAACUAUGUUUGAAUCUAUGUUUUGAAUUAUUAUUACAGCAAGGGUAAAUUUUAUAGUUGAUGAUUCACUAAGAAAUGUGAGUGGGAAGUCCAUUUUGUUUGUGUGUAUUUGUAAUGAAUGAUAAUAUUACUACUGUUAAAAUUAAUAAAAAUUGAAAAGUGAAAAAAAAGAA